AUGACAUUAAUCAUCAAAAAAUAAUCAUAACAAUACCUUCUCUUUUAAUUAUCAAAGUAUUUAGCAGAAAUGAAUUGUCUGUCUUAUCUAAGCAGUUUUUAUAAAAUUUGAUACUAUAAUUGAGAAUAUCUAGUCGUGACUAAAUUUUUUGUUUCUUCCUACUAAUUACAUAAAAAUGUCCGAAUUAAAUCCAUUCGCUGCAUUUGUAAAUGAAGAAGGAACUUCGGACACCUUACAUGAAAAAAAAAUACUUAAAGAGGACUCGAUUAUUUCGCUUCUCGAGCGUAUAUUUGCUUUCAGUUUGAAUGAGGAUGUCGCCAGAAAACAUGGUUACAUGUAUAUUGGGGAUCUUGUUUCUUCUGCAGAAAAACAAAUAGUGUUAAAUAAGGAAAAUUUAUCGUAUUGUUUGUGUGAAAGGUUAUUGAGCAUUUCCAGCACUGACUCUUCAAGUUCAAGUGCCUAUGAUACAUAUUCAAAUCACUCAAGAGAAAACGAAGUAAUUAAAUAUCUUUAUGAAUGCUAUAAAAUUUAUAGAGAAGAAGGGUUAGAUGAAAUUAAUGAUUACAAAAUUAUUAAAGAUGAAAUACUGAAGAAUGCCUCAACUGCUUUCAUUUACCCAGAUAUUUAUUCCGAUCAGAAUGAAUGUAGGCAGAUACUAGAUAUUAUGAAGUAUGAUGAUAUGCAUUCCGAAUUCUUCAAAGAUCUUUGUCAGACUAUUGAUGAAAAUGAUGAAUCAUCCCUGGUGGAUAUAUACAGAAAAAUAAUUUCUCUUCUCACAUCAGACUUACUUGUACAACAUUUAUCAACAUUCGAUAUGAAAUUUUUUGAUGUACUAAAAGUUUUAACAAUGAAAGAAAAUAUUGCAAUUUUAUUCAUGGAAUGCAAUGAGCCUAAGAAACCUUCUACUGGUGUGAGCUAUGCCAAUACUGUAUUAGGCGCAUUGUUUAAUAUAAGUAUACUGCCCAAAAAUCCAGGAGCAGAAUAUGAACACUUUAGAGACAUUAUGACACAUACUGCUCUUGAUAGUAUGGAAAGUGUAGUAUGGAAUAAAGUAAAGUUGAUAACAGAUCAGCUACAUCUUUUUAUCUUGUCAUUACUAAAGAUUAGUCCUGCAGUCUAUAACAAGAUUUUGAAUUGGAUAGGUCAGUGUAUAGCGAAUAAUUCUGACCGAGAAAAAUUAUGGAACGUUCAGUUAGCUCUUGAUUUCAACUAUACAUGUGUUUCUGAUGGUUUUAUGCUCCAAUUAGGAAAUGUGCUAUUGAAGCUGAGCGAACCUUUUUGCAAUAAAAAAAAAAUUCUCAAGGUGGAUCCAACUUAUUGUGCUGUACCAAAUGAUUUGAUUCAAGAAAAAAAUAUCCAUUUACUAAAUAUGUCGAGACAUACUUGUAUAUUACCUGUGGAAGAAGACUCUACAGAACAGAGGCUUAUGGCAAAUUCUUACUCGUUCAUCUCAAAUUGCUUUUACAUGACUCACUCAGUCACUUAUUCUGGAUUUGUACUAGCAGUCGAUAAGAGUAUUAAAAUGAAUCAGGAAUUUGCCAGAUUAGAAGGACUUUAUGAAGCAUCUAGGAAUGGAUCUAGACAUUAUGGAGAUCCAGAUAGCAUUAGAGAGAGAUUGAGAACCGAAAUGACAAAAUUUUUAUCAUACAAGGCUCAACUCACUGAACCCAACAUGUUGUCAUCGAUGUUUAACUUCAUAAGUAGUUCUUGUUACUGGUUGUGUCUAGUUGCAAUUAAGCAAGACUCGAACGAUGAAAAUAGUUACGCUCCUAAUGAGGAGACGGAAAUUUCUUUUCCAAUUUCAAGUAGCAUUCCAAAUACAUUGAGAUGUAUUCCUGAAUUCAUCGUCAACAAUAUAAUAUGUUUUGUAAAUUUCAUUAAACGGUUCAAUGUGGGUAUUUUUGAAGAACAUGGUUUGGAGAAGCUGGAACCAAUAUUGAAUUUCUUAUUGAUGUUUAUGGGUAAUCAUGGCUGUCUGAAAAACCCUCAUUUGAGAGCAGAACUAGCAGAGGGUGUAGAGGCCUUACUACCUGUACAUGGAGAAAUUAUAUCAUCAAGGCCUAGGAAUGUGGGAAACUUUCAAAGAAAGAAGCUUUUUGCUGAAUAUAAAUUUAAGCUACAAGUAGUUAAAAGUCUACUGGAAGUUUUCGUAGGUAUUGAGAUGACUGGUCAAAGUGUAGAAUUUGAACAGAAGUUCAAUUAUCGAAGACCAAUGUAUAAGGUGAUGGAAUAUUUAUGGGAAUCGGAAGAUUAUCAAAAUCAUUUCAGAAAAUUAGCAGAAGAAGCUGAAAGGAACAUGGAAGCAGUAACACCUCCAAUAUUUCUACGUUUCAUCAAUCUCCUCAUUAACGAUGCAGUAUUUCUACUAGAUGAUUCGUUAACCAAUAUGUCUAACUUGAGGGAGUUGCAAGUAGCAAGAGAUGAAGAAGAAUCCACCCUUCCAGCAAAUGAAAUUGCUCAAAUUCUGGGUUCCAUUAGGCAAAUAGGGAACUUAGCAAGAUUUGAUAAUAUUCUAGGAAGAGAUACUAUCACGGCUUUAGAAAAUCUAACUUCCAAAAUCACUAUUGUCUUCACACAUUCCACAAUGGUUGAUAGAAUGGCGUCAAUGUUGAAUUAUUUUCUCUUCAAUCUAGUUGGACCAAACAAGAAAAAUUUCAAAGUAAAGAACCCGAAAGAAUUCAGUUUUGAACCUGCUGAAACAGUCCUGAAAAUAUGUAAGAUCUAUAUCAAUCUUAAGCAAUCUGAUGCUUUCUGCCUAGCCAUUUCUCAGGAUGGCCGUUCGUAUAGCCCUCAAUUGUUCUCAUACGCAGAAGAUGUUCUGAUCAGAAUUGGAGGGACUUCUUACAUACAAGAGAUCAAGGAAUUAGCUGAGAAAGUAUCCAAAAUAGCUGAAGAGUUCCAAGCAAACGAGGAGGCCAUUACGGGGGCCCCUGAUAAUUUCUUAGAUCCAAUAAUGUCGACAUUAAUGACCGAUCCUGUAAUUCUGCCUAGUUCAAGACAAACAGUGGAUAGGACAACCAUUGCAAGGCACUUGCUAAGCGAUCAAACCGAUCCAUUCAACAGAUCACCACUUUCCAUGGAUCAAGUCAUUCCAGAUACAGCGUUAGCCAAUGAAAUAAGAGAAUGGAUCGCAGAACGAAGAAGUACAAGAUGAUUUGUUGAUUAAUUUCAUUCCAUUUGUUUUAAUUCUAUUGAAAUUUUAUUUUGUUGAAUUCUAUGUCAGUAUAAAUUGAUUAUAGAUACAAAAAACUUGUUGAUUGCUAAUAAAUGGUGUUUAGUUGAAAGAAUAUUAGGUAUAGAAAUUAACUGCAUCACACAUUCAUAAUUAAUGAAAAAUUUCAAACAGGAUCAAAAUUCACUUCCUGUCUAACCAAAAGCGUUAUAGAGAUAUGAUUCAAUAUAUCAUUGCUGUUGGUUUGUUAUCUAUAUGGAGGGUACUGAUAAUGUUAUUAUCCUGAAAUUUGGCUUGAUUUUGGUUGAUCAUUUUACACAUACAAAAUUUCAAUUCUUUGUAAUCGGAUCUGUUGUUGAGGAAAUAUUGGUUACUUUUCAAGAUUCCUCUUGAAAUUUAUAUGAUUCUGUGACUUGAUCAACAUGAAAUUUUACUUAAAGUUCCGUCGUUUUUAUUCCCAUAUUCUGCUUGAAUUUUCUUUAAUAUUGAUAAAGAAAUCAACACGAAAUUCUGAACAAGGCUUGAAAUUGUGAUUUUAUAUCUACACACGAAAUCUCAACUUGAUCGGAUCUGUUGUCAUUGAAUGGAGUAUUUUUUCAUCCCAUAUUAAAAGUGAUUUUGCGUUGAAUUUUGUUCUUCAUCUUAUUGCAAAAUUUGAUCUUGAUCAAAUCCGUAUGUUUGA